CUGUUUCCACAUAUACACCAAGAAAAGUUCAAAUGACAAACCACCAGAAGCCGUAUAUAUUCCGACCUACGCACAAUGAAACCAAUUGCCCGGAAGAUCCCACUUUGCCGACACAUCCGGAACCUUUAGGACUUGGCUCACCAAGAAUUAAAGGUGACGAUCACAAUUCAUUUCAAACGAGGCAACGAACAAUAGCUACAAGUGGAACAAACAAUUAUGAAGACGCGGGAAGUGAAUGGGAAAGGCAGUACCAAAAGCAUUGUCAAGAAAACGAAGCAUUAGAACAAGAAAGAAAACGUAGAUUGCAACGUGAAGAUAAUAGAAACAGACUCGAAAAUCGCAUAACACAAGGUGUUCCAAAACGAGAUAGUUUGACAAAGAUUAGAAAACGAUCAGAGAAAAAUUCCAGCACCAAUAAAAGUGACAAUUACGAGUCUUGUUUUCAAACUGAACGACAUUGUCCCAGUAAUGAUAGUCCAGUUAAUAAAAACAGUCGUGAUGUUUACACCAGUCCUCAAAGAAUAGCAAGUCGGAUAAGUCGAGAUAGAUACCCCAGUAAUGAUAGACAAUUUAACGAAAGAAUCGGUAAUUCCAAUAUUGAAAGGAUUCUCAGUCGAAAUUCAGUAUAUGAUAGGAAUCCGGACCGCGAAAGACAUCAUUCGUCCUACGAUAGAUUUUCUCCAGUCUACGAUAGACUUCUUGGCCAUGACAGAUAUGCCAAUUUCGAAAGACGUAACUCCCGAAUCCCUCAUGAAAUCCAAGAAAGCUAUCUAGGACGUGACAGAUUAGGUCCAGAUAGACAAGAUUUUCAGAACGUACCAGUUAAUGUGCCUGAACGAUUGGAACGGAAAGAACUAAGUAGACGGGAACGUAAGAUGCGGGAUGAAUCUCGAAAACCGUCGAAACGUGGUUUAGAUGCUGCGGAACAAGUGGACUGCGAGUGUGCGGAAGUUGCUAAGAAAACCUCAAAAGCAACUGGAAAGGGUGAUGCAAAAAAGUUUAGAAAUUCAAAAGCGAAAACAAAAACAGCAAUAUGUCAAUGUCCACCAUCGCCGAUGUUGAGAACACCAAAAUUGACUAAAAUGAAAUCAGAUACCAGAAUGUCAACCGAUGAGGAUAUGGAUUUAAUGGAGGAAGUGAGAACGGCAUCCCGAUGCAGUUUAAGGGGCGGCAGGACGUAUACAAAAAUGAUUUCAGCUGCAACGCCAAGUUCCUUCCCGAGAAUGACUAGAGCCAGAUCGGCAUCGUGCACUUGGAAUGUGCAAAGUGAAAGUGAGAUUGGAGACUCGUGGAGCCAUGAGAUGCGUCGAAGCGUUUACACUACUACAUCAAAGUUGUUCGAGCGAGAACCAUCUCGAACGUAUGGUGUUCCUACAUCGAUGGAUUGUAACGGUUGUUCUGACAAUAAAUCGCUCUCAUCCCAAUCGUCUCGUGUCUCGUGCAGUAAAUCCUCUUGUUGUUCUUGUCCUUCCAACAAGAGGACUAAAUGCCACAGUACUAAACAAAACCGUAAAAAGUCACAGAAGGAUAAAGUUCUCACUAAAGUAAUUUCGGACAUAAUAGAAACAUCGGCGUUUCAAUCAUCGCAGUGGGCAGCGGAUGAAGAUGUUGCCUUCGAUGGUCGAAACGUAAUGAUGUCAAAAGACGACGAAUGUUCAGAUUCCGAUGAUUCAGACGACCAAGAUGAAGUUAGAAUUAUUCCUUCAAGCAAAAAUGAAUACAGAAAGAAAUGUGAAAAUCCACUCAAAGUCGAAUGUUAUCCGAAACCUCAAUGUCACAAAUCUAAACAAAGUGAGACACGAAGACCGAAGCGCAAGACGACAGUAUAUCAACCAACGCAAGCGCCAACCUCGGCUUCAACGUAUGUACCAACACAAAACCGUUGUUCUAGAAAUCGCCUCAUUGCACGCAGGCAACGGAAUCCGUGUUCCCCGUGUGAUUUAGGUCAGCGAGGGUCUUGUCUGUCUCGGCUGACUGAAUAUCCAUCGUCGGCUGAUGUUAUGGAUCAUCUUUCGGCAAAACGUGCAUGUAGACAAUCAAGGAAAUGUCCAAGUGAUAUUCAAUGUGGCAAGAAAUCGCCAACGGAUCAUUGUGCGGUUAUCAAGAAACGACAAUCAGAAACAUCUCCAUGUAAUAAUGAGACCUCGGACUGCACGAUGUGUAUGAAGAAAGCGUCACAAGGCACAAGAGAGACGGCGUCGGGAGAAACGAGUAUAAGGCCUCGGUGUAUUUUGUAUCAGAAAGAUCCGAGCAAAUCCAAACACGGUCCUUGUAGCGACUGUCAAUGCCAUAAGAAGAAAAAGAGCUACAACGUAUGUCAAGUUCCCACCCAAACGCUGCAGCAAUGGCCCACGCAUAGCAUUGAGACUGAAGAAAUUAAAGGCUAUCUCAGAUCGUUGUGUCGUAACUGUCAAUGUGAGAAAUCGUAUGCAGAAUCGCAAUCGCACAACCCGCAGGCGCAGUCGAAGGUGUGGGUGAGUCCUAACAAGAGUAGCGACUUGCGCGGAUAUUUGCAGACCACGUGGCGGAACUGUCAAUGCGGGAAAAUUAAAACUGUCGUGGAAACAAUAAAUAAAAGUGGUACAAGAGUGAACAGCAACUGCAUUACCACUGCUCCGAUAAUUCAAACAUUAUCAACGACGACUGUGGGAACUGUCGCCGUCGACAACAGCGCACUCUCCGUCUGCAGGAACUGUCAAUGCAUAAAGAAAAAACUUGGACAGAAAAGUAAUAACACACCGCUACGUAUGAAGAAAUCUUAUGAUCAAACCGAAGGCCAACGUCGGACGAAUAAUUUAAGCGCAAUGGAUCUCCGUAGAUAUGAAGAUUAUGUUCGUAAUACAUCUAGCUACGCAGCACCAACUUUUAAAGACCAGAUUGUUCCUGAAUCAUCUUAUGACGAUUUAAAUGCAGAAUAUGAUACAAAACCAGUUAAAAAUAAAACCAGUAUAGAAGCAUCUACUUUAGUCCAACAGAUCGAGAAAGCUGAAAUUCCUGAAAUACCAUCAGUUAAUUCUCUCCCAUCAAUAGAUGAACCAAUACCGAAUCACCUUAUCGCUGAAUUGAAAGAGACAAAGAAGGAACGGAAUGUAAAGACCACUGGAUGCACGACAGGAAUGGAGUUUCAAAAGAUCGACAAAUACGUUUCAGCAGUAACGAAAAUGAAAUCUACAUACAACGAAUCGAAACAUGCGAUAUUCGUAUCGGAUGUGGACACGUGUUGUUCGAUAGAUGAAUUAAAGAGGAACUAUUCUCGCGGCUGCAACAAGAAGAGCUCCUGCCACGGCCCCUGCAAGCCCAGCUCCAAACGGAAAGGAAAGAAAUGCGUCGAUCGAUCGCAGAUAUUCCCCGAGAAAUUGUCCUGUGGAGUAGAGUCGAGACGUGAAGAGACUAGUACUAAAAGAUUUCCUAGCGAUUCACGGACUCGCGACCAAGAGUAUAAACCGCGAGGUUGUGUGCCGUACAAACCGCCGCCGGGCUCAGCAAAGGACACAUGCGAGAGGGGCAAUUGCUUCCCCUCGCCAUGUGAUAGUGAGAAGAAAUGCUGCGCAGAUUCCAAGCCUGAAAAGUCGCUAAGACGUAAAGAUUCGGAUAGACGCGUCACUGUAAAUUCAAAAGUGAAAACAAUAGAGCCACCUAGCCCUUGUCCUCCUGAACCUAUAAUGAAGAAAUGUGAGGAAGAAACUGCACAAAAAACCAGGGUUAUUGAGGUGAAACCUAAAGAAUCGAUCAAGUCUAUUACACAAGAAUGUGGAUGUACUGGGGCACCUCCAGCACCACAGCGAUCAGUAUCAAAAGAAAAACCUAAAAAGAAAGUAGACAAAUCAUCAUCAGCGCACAGAGUAAAGAAACCACAUACAGACGAAUGUAAACCAAAAGCAAAACCGAUACCAACAAUCAAACCUAAACCGGCUUGUGAAGAGCCAUCGAAGCACAAUAUUAAAAAUACCGUUGUAUCGGAUACUAAGAAAACAUCAACAGAUAGAAGAAGAAGACGGGACGAUGUUAGAGGGACUAAAAUUAAUACGUCAUUAAGUGAUACACAGACCUCUAGAGCAAGGCUCCGAUCUUCGUCCAACGAUAGUCGUAUGCGACCACCAUCGAGACAAACAUCGAAAUUAAGAAAUAAAUCAGCACCGUGCAACUAUAGGAAGCCAGAAAACGAAAAUAACGUGAAAAAUAAUGCAAAAACAGUACCUUCUAAAGAAACUACACCGUCUAAAGGACCUUCAGAAGAAAAAAUACCUGUUAAACCAAAAUCUGAUUCGUGUGAACCUAAAGUGUGUAGUGAUACAAGGAAGAUUGUAGCAACGACACGUGACGUUGCUGUAGACAUAAGAUGUCCGAUCUGUACGUGCGCCACACAAUGUCACGGCACGCGAUGCUAUCGCAGCACUGAUAUUAUAAAUCCAAACUUGAAAGUAAAGAAAGAAGAAGUGGAAAGCCAAGAUAUCUCUUUGGAGGACGAUGCACUAUUCAGCGAUUAUACAAGCGAAGAAAUCACUGACACCACACUACAAUCGCGCACAGUAUGCAGUAGAGUAGCUAUAGAAUAUUGCGAGAAAGUGCCAAAACUUAAACAUCCUUGUAAAACUUGUUGCAAAUCUAUUGAAAAAAUACGAAGAAUAAAGAAAGUCAACAAAGGGACAUGUACCAAAUCGAGGAGAUUAAAGGACGUGGGUACGAUAACGAAAGCCUGCAAAAGUGAUCAAAUACAGAGGAGAUGUUGCAGGAGAAAUAAGGGUAUUUGCACGGAAGGGAAAUUGGUCACAUUUAAAAGUUGCACACAAAUAAUUCCACCUUGUUGCCGUGACAUUAUGUCGCCUUCAAGGUAUCUACUAGAGUCUCAAAGGCAUUACAAUGAAAUGUUCUCUUCGAAGUAUCUCCACACGAAUAUGUGCCCUGCAUUUGUGUCUCCAAAGCAAGGCGGUUUUUGUGCUUCAAAGGUCAAACGAAACUCGCAAAGAGGCUACAAGGUAAAGAAGCCGGAACACCAUUCGUUGCGGCGGCAGACAAGUCCAAGAGUGAGUGAAGACCGCACAAGAUCUGAUGAUAGCACAAGACCUGCCAUCAGGCUGUUGAAAGGAAUGAGACGAUAUAGACUAAGAAACGAAGCUAAAUUAAACGCUGUGCGGAAACAAAAAUGGCAAAGGCAUGAAUAUGAAAGUCCCACAAACAAAAUUUUAACGCAAUCACAGCAAAAUUUAUGUCUACAAUACGGUGCUGCCGAAGACAAAAGUAGCAGUUUAGCAGGGCACUGCAAUUCUGCAAGUAGUUUUUGACGAAUGAUUGUUUUUAGUGCUGUUAAUUUUGGUGUCUUUACUGGGCGUUGCAAAUAAACAUGUAUUGUUUUGUUUAA